AUGCGCGCGCUCCGCGCGCUCUCGCGCGCCGUGGACCCCACGCGCGCGUUCGCGUCGCUCGAAUCGUGUUCGACGUCCCGCGCGCGCGCGCGCGCGACGCAAAGCGACGCGAACCUUCCCGUCAAGACGCCCAAGCCCAAACGAGACAUGACCAACGCCGUCGUCGUCGAGUCCAUCCGCCGCAAGAAACUCGCCAAAGGCAUCGUCGACGCGCGCUUACCUCCGCCCGCGCUGUGCCCGACGUGCGAGCGGCGGUUUUGCCGAUGCGAGGACCGCGCGCCGGAGCCUCCGCGCGCGCCGCUGGAGAGCGACUGCUGCGCGAGCGAACCGGCGUGUAAAUUCUGCGUCAAGGUCGUCUACGAGGAGUUAUUAGCGGAGUACGAGGCGGUGAUGACGAAACGUCACGCGUGA